CUCGCUUGACGUCAAAGAUCACAUGACCGCCGAUAGUCACAUGAUUGCUUAGUCGGAAUCGGCGAGGAACUGAAAAUCAAAACGUCGGCGAUCUGGGAUGCUGGCGUUGGAUGUCCCUGCUAACAGUGGACGGAAGAAGGUCUGGCGUGCAUCUUCAGCUGAUCCCUGAGAGCAUGGAGCUACGGUUUUGUAACCCAUAAUCAGGAUGCUUCUGGGACUGAUGCUGCUCCUUCUGACCAAAACACUCUCCAUCCUCACUUCACCACACACCUAUUUACCAAGGAUUCCACGACAUCCCACCUGUUAAAGGAGACCCAGCAGUGCUCUGUACUCUCAAAUACCACCGUAUAUUGGUUAUUGUAGCGAGGGCGUGACUUUAAAGAACCACUCCAAUCACUGUCAGGGAAGGGUGGUACCUCAACCCAACAGUGGGUGUACUGGGAAGAGGCGUGAUUGAGGACUGAACUCUGUCGGUCAGGCUUGUCACCCACUGAGUGCUGUCUGGGGUAAUGUCCCGGCCAGACAUAGGCAUCAACAGCGAGGAUGCCGGUGAAAGGGCCUGGCUUCUACAGAGCCCCAACGUGGACACAGCGCCCCCUCAAGGUGCGGAGGAGGGCCGGCGUGAGGGCACCUCACCUGUGAGUGCCGUCUUCAUCGUGGUCAAUGCCGCGCUGGGGGCCGGCCUGCUCAACUUCCCUGCUGCUUUCAACCUCGCUGGGGGCGUCACGUCCGGAGUUUCACUACAGAUGUGCAUGCUGGUCUUCAUCAUCGGCGGCCUGGUCGUACUGGCGUAUUGCUCCCAGGUCAGCAAUGAAAUCACCUACCAGGAGGUGGUGCGGGCAGUGUGCGGCCGCGUGACGGGGGUCAUCUGUGAGGUGGCCAUUGCCGUUUACACCUUCGGCACCUGCAUCGCCUUCCUCAUCAUCAUCGGAGACCAGCUGGACAAGCUAAUCGCUGCAGUGGCCCAGGAGACUGACAGGACUGUCAACAGCACUUGGUACACUGACCGCAAAUUUACCAUCUUCCUAACGUCUGUGCUGAUCAUCCUGCCCCUCUCGAUCCCCAAGGAGAUCGGCUUCCAGAAGUACGCCAGUGCCGUGAGUGUCAUUGGCACCUGGUAUGUCACUGUCAUCAUCAUCAUAAGGUACAUAUGGCCAGACGAAGAGGUGUCCCCUGGUUACAUCCCCGUCAGACCCUCCUCCUGGACCGCAGUAUUCAACGCCAUGCCUACCAUCUGUUUUGGAUUCCAGUGUCAUGUGAGCAGUGUCCCGGUAUACAACAGUAUGAGGAAGCGGGAGAUCCGGUCGUGGGGCUGGGUGGUGACCUUGGCGAUGGUCAUCUGCCUCUUUGUCUACACUGGCACAGGAGUCUGUGGCUUCCUGUCCUUUGGCUCCAGCGUCAGCCAGGACGUGCUGAUGUCCUACCCAUCCAACGACAUCGCCGUGGCUGUGGCCAGGUUCUUCAUCGUCAUCUGCGUCGUCACGUCGUAUCCCAUCCUGCACUUCUGCGGCAGGGCGGUGCUGGAGGGCCUGUGGCUCCGGUUCCGCGGCGAGUCCAUGGAGGUGGACGUGGUGAGGGAGCGACGUCGCCGGGUGGUACAGACCGUUCUCUGGUUCUGCCUCACCCUGCUCUUGGCCCUCUUCAUCCCUGACAUUGGUCGUGUCAUUUCCCUCAUUGGAGGCCUGGCUGCCUGCUUCAUCUUCGUCUUCCCUGGCUUGUGUCUGAUCCAGGCUAAGCUAUCCGAGAUUCAAGAGGUUAAACCAGCAAGCUGGUGGGCCAUGGUGUCUUACGGUAUCUUCAUGGUCACUGUCGGUGCUUUCAUCUUUGGCCAGACAACCACUAAUGCCAUCUUUCGAGACCUCAUCCACCACUCUGGCAGCAACUAGACAGAGUCAAAGAAGCCGCCCAUACACUCAUACAGUCUUAUAUGUCACACAUCUGCCUCUGAGACCCCCCCCCCCCCCACCAGCUGUGAGCCUUCCUUGAACCCCCCGACCUUUCUGCGCUUCAUGGAUGGCCCCUCCCACAUUCUGCCUGACCACUACCCUAGAAAGAAGCAAAUUCAGAACAGGACUGAUGUUACUACAGCAGCUAAUCCUGAUGAUGUCACUUCCUGUCAGUGGGUGUUUACUAUCUGUCGGGAUUCUUGGGGCCAGAAAUUGGCUCAGUCUGCCCAAAGAGCACAAGAUAUAUGUUAUAGUCAUGCAUCAAAUUAUGCUGUCCUCUUGAAAGAGAAUUGACUUGAUUGUUUUGAAAAGGCUUCCCACACUGGAGCUGUAAUGACCACAGAUCUUCAUGGCAGUGAAGAGAAUGAAAUAUAAUUUAUAUAUUGUUUUUUGGAUCAGAAAUGACCUCAUUAAGUAUUCAUAAAUUAUUUGAUCUACUUAGUAUCUGAGCUUGUUUUUCAUGUUUACAUGUUACCACCUAAUGCUCGGGCAGGCCUGCGGUUUUCCUCAGGGGUUAUAGAGUUGGCAUUAAGUCAUUUUGACCUUAGGUGCAGUCUAGCUGGAGUAACCAGAGUGUUUUCACUACCGCCAGCAUGGGGCGUGAGUGUGCCGCACAUGCAGGGCAUGGUGCUAUGAUCAUGAGAUCAAAGACUGUUCAUUUUGUAAUAAGCAAGUUAGAAUCAGACUGCAAUGUAACCUAAGUCAGAAAUGCGUCCUCAGUUUGUUGUUGCCAGAGCAUCAAGGAUCAUAUUAACUGAUGCAUAUUAUAGAUACACCUUCCGUUUCCUAUAAGUAUACCGUUAUGAAUUUAAAGACAAUGUGUCAACGUGUUUUCUGUUGAGAGAUUUUGAUCAGGUGAUAAUUGGCAGCUCUUGCGUUUGGGCUAAGUAAUAAAAAGGGAUUUUAUUAAUACGUUUUAAGGUUCCAGAUUUACAAAAAUAAAAAUAAUUAGGAAUUUAAGUAAAUCCUGUUUUGGGGCCAUGAAUGUAAUUAUAUUCCUUACAUUUUUUUUUUUACUAAGAGUUUAGCUUUCUUGCCUUCAUUGUUGCUGGUGUUUGGCAUUCCUGGAUCAUUUCGCUUAAACCAAGUCUUAAGUGUCACAAUUUCGAGUAAGAUUCCCGAACUUAUGGUACCUUGUGUAGUCCACCCAAAGAUUCUACCCAAAACUGACACAUCUGUUGGAUAAAUCUUGCAAUUCAGUGUAAUUCUUAAUAUGAAACCAGUUAAAUUGUUUCACUGCAAUAUUUCUGCCCUACAUCGUUCAACUGCGAGAAGACUGGUCUCCUUAAUGAGCACAACAGAGGUUUCAGGAAAAGUAAUGUAUCUUAAAAGGUACCAUGGAUCGUGCUUGAAUAUAAUACAUGUGAGUGCUGGGCAGAGUGGAGGCUGAACCUCUGCGUUCUUCCCAGCGGAUCUCUGGGGUUCAUCAGGGGCGUCGUCUUGUUCAUACUCUGUUCAAUGCUUGCAUGGACUGGGAGUUGGGCAGGGUUGUAGGGUUCACUGGCUGUGGGGCAUCUAUUGGUGAUGAAAGAUUAACUGAAAUUGACUUUGCCGACGAUGCUGUCAUCUUCGCGGUGUCGAUGGAGGUUCUGAUCGGGGCUGUCGAGAGACUGAGCAAGGAGUGUCAGUGUCUGGGCUUGCGAGUGUCCUGGAUGGAAACCAAGAUCCUAGCUUUUAAUGACCUCUUGGGCACUGCCAUCAGCAGUGUGUCUGUCUGCAGAGAGAAUGUCGACCAUGUUGAGAGGUUUACUUACCUCGACAGCGACAUUUAUAUCUCUGGUGACUCUUCCUAUGAAGUCAAUAGAUGGAUUGGGAGAGCAUGGGGGGGGUCAUGAGGUCACUGGAAAGGGGUGUGUGGCACUCCUGAUAUCUUUGUGAGAGGAUGAAGGUCCAAGGCUUUAGAGUCCUGGUGCUCCCUGUCUUGCUGUACGGCUGUGAGACAUAGACAUUAUCAAAUGAGCUGAGACGAAGACUGGACUCCUUUGCUACUCUGUCUCUUUGGAGAAUCCUUGGUUACCGCUGGUUUGACUUUGUGUUGAACAAGCGGUUGCUUGGGAGUCCCAACUGAGACACAUUUAUUGCAUUUUGAGGGAGCGUCAGUUAUGGCACUAUGGCCAUGUGGCGCGUUUUCCUGAGUGUGACCCGACUCACAGGAUCGUCGUUGCUGAGGACCCAAGCGGCUGGACCAGGCCAAGGGGACGCCCACGUAACACCUGGCCGCGGCACACAAAUGGCCAUUUCUGGAGGGUGGGACUGGACCCUGUGUCAGCCUGGGAGGUCGUGUGGUGGGUGCAGCAACACGGUGUACCAGUGCAUGCUUCCCAACCUGACCUCACCUCACCUGGGUGAGGACAAUAAUAAGGCAUUCAUGAUUUUUGUACUUUCAUGGUUUGUUCAGUAUCAGCGUGUGGUUACACAUGUGUUACUGGAAUCAUUUUCAAAAUGUUGAUUGUAUUUGUAUGGCCCAAUAAAGGAACAGGCCUAA